CUCACUCCCGAGUCACCAAUCUCCCCAUCUCGUGCCAAACAGCCAAAACCACUCACGCUUGUUUGACUCUGAAGGAAAAUACUCCAGCCACGAGAAGAUACUGAGCUGCAGAAACCCCUGGAAUACCUCUUGGAGAAGACUCAAACUAGAUCCUAAAGACUCACUCACACCAGGCUAUCUACUGUAGUCUGACCCUGAAAGCAUCAACACUGCUGUUACCGCUGCCAUGCACAGAUUCGUUUCCUUUGUGCUGCUAUUCCUUAGUGCCAGGUUGGCUACUUCUCUGUUCCUGCCCGAUUCUCUGGAGCUCAGGCAGCUAUUGCAACGCUACCAGGAUGAGUUAGAGCCCAAUAGCACAAACGCCGGUGCGCCUUUACGCACCCGCAGAGCCAUCCGGUGGUCAGACCGGGAGGAGAUCCUGCAACUACACAACAAACUGAGAGGUGGGGUGUAUCCCACUGCCUCCAACAUGGAGUACAUGGUAUGGGAUGAAGAACUGGAGAAGUCAGCGACUUAUUGGGCAGAACAGUGCCAGUGGGAACAUGGACCUCAAGAUCUGCUCAAGUCCAUUGGGCAGAACCUGGCAGUGCACUGGGGCAGGUACCGCUCUCCUGCCUACCACGUGCAGGCGUGGUAUGACGAGGUGAAGGACUAUACCUACCCUUACCCUCAUGAGUGCAAUCCUUGGUGCCCCGAGCGCUGCUCCGGACCCAUGUGUACACAUUAUACCCAGCUGGUCUGGGCCACAACCAGCCGUGUGGGCUGUGCAGUGCACCAGUGUCCACGUAUGAAUGUAUGGGGCGAGAUCUGGGAGAAUUCCAUCUAUCUCGUCUGCAACUACUCACCCAAGGGAAACUGGAUCGGGGAAGCCCCAUACCAACAUGGCCGCCCCUGCUCCCAAUGCCCACCAAGCUAUGGAGGAGGCUGCAGGGACAACCUCUGUUACAAGGGAGACCCUGAACAUCAUGAGUCUCCAGAUAUGAAUGAGGUGGAGAUGCCUCAGGGGCCUCUACAACCUCGUUCAACUCCAACCAAGCCUCAGUCCAAACCCUCCACCCCUAAGAGGCCCGAAUCUACCAGACCCUCCUCACCCAAGUCUGCAAGCACCACCUAUCUAGCUCAAAAUAUUAAGUGCGAGACAAAAAUGAGGGACAAGUGUAAAGGAGCAACCUGCAACAGGUACAAUUGCCCAGCCAACUGCUUAAAUAAGAAAGGGAAAGUUUGGGGGACACUCUACUAUGAUGUUCAAUCAAGUAUUUGUCGUGCUGCAAUCCACUAUGGCGUAAUUGACAACAAUGGAGGCCUUGUGGACACUACAAGAAAAGACAACUUCCCAUUCUUUGUAAAAGCGACCAAGAAUGGUGUCGAGUCAUUCAGUAAAUAUAAACCUGGCAAUGCAUUUAUGAUGUCAAAAGUGGAAGAGCAAACUAUAGAUUGCUACACGACAGUAGCUGAGAUUUGUCCUUUCAGGCAGACUUCCUCUUACUGCCCAAGAGUAUUCUGCCCCGCCAAAUGCAUAAAUGAACCCUCAUACUGGGCCACAGUGGUCGGCACCAACAUCUACAGUGACGGUUCCAGUAUCUGCCGAGCAGCUAUUCACGCUGGAGUGAUCAAAGCUGGCGGGGGCUAUGUGGACGUUCUGGCUCUGGAUAAGAGGAAAAGUUACACUGGGACCAUGAGGAAUGGCAUACAAUCUGAGAGUAAAACCAAUACAGAAGGUGGUUCGUUUAGAGUCUUCGCUGUUCAAGAGUGAGACAACGGGGCACAAAAGGUCUCCUAUUUGCUCUCAAAAGACAGAACAAGUCAACGUGGAAUGCAGCCUCUCCGGUCUUUCUCUAACUUUGGGAGGAGAGACACUUGCAAAGGACCUGUCUAAGUCUUCUCCUACUUAGUUUUCUAUCUUACUACUGGUUCAAUCAGAGGGCUUCCAAAUGUUUCAUACUUAUACUUGUAAAAAAAAUGUGUUUGAUCACACAUGCAAGUCUUACCAAAAUGCAGUGUGAUUGAAAUUGUAUUUUAACAGCAGUGCUGGUUUUAUUUGUUGUUUUGAAUCAGAUAAGGCCCGUUUAUUUUUUUUAAAUAUCCUUUUUUUUUUUUUUUUUUUCAAUACAUGCAAAACCAUAAAAGAAAUGUAUAUUGAUUACACUGUAUUUAAUCUGUACAGAUAUUUUGGUUUAUAUUUAGAUUUGUCAGGCUUGUUGUGUAUUUCUCACUUUUUGCAAUCAUUUUAUAGUUUGAUGUGUUUGUUUCUAUCAUGUUCUUUGUCAUAAUAGUCUGAUGAAAUUGAGAGAGGGUUUAUUGGUGGUAGGAUCUUUUAGGCCUGCAGAGAAUAAACAGAUGCUCUUCUGAGAAAUGGAAAAAGGAAGGAAGGAGUGAAGGCAGACCUUCAACGAAAAGAGAUCUUUCCUUUAUAAUGCAUGUGAGCCUUCCAGAGUCAACAAUGCUCAGACUUUAUAAUCAAAGAGCAAAACAUUGAAACACAGUUCAGUCCCAGGAGAAUUCGGAGGCACUUAGUACAUGUAUAGACUGGUCUAUCAGUAUGGGAACAUCAUUUUUCAUUAUUUAUUAUUAUACCUCCUUUGAACUGAAAAUUCUGUGGAACAGAACUAAAUAUUUAUGAAUGUGACACAUGAUAUGUGCCGACACGAAAGUCAAAUGUCUGCUAACAUAUUCCUGUUUGAUUACAUGUUAUAUACAACCCAAAGUCAAAUUUCAUUAGAAGUUUAACUUGCGAAAUGAAAGAUAAAGUGCACAGUGCUGGCUGGAACCACUUUCACACUGCCACGUAAUGAAAAGGUACUUAAGGGAUAAGGGAUAGUUCACCUAAAAUGUAAAUUCUGUCAUCAUUUACUAACCCUUAUGUUGUUCCAAACAUGUAUGACUUUCUUUCCUCUGUGGAAAACAAAAGAUCUACUUUUUAUCUACUUUUGUGAUCCACAGAAGAAAGAAAGUCAUACAGGUUUGGAACCACAUAAGGUAAGUAAAUGGUGAAAUAAUUUAAAUUUUUGGUUGACCCAUACCUUUAAGCUGAUUACUUGUAAAGCCUUGCCUCAGAAAGGAAAGGGACUGCUGACUAUUUCUACUUCUCAUCUUAAUAUGUAUUUCGUAGUUAGGUAAUGUUGCAAACUGUAAUCCGAGUCCGGGAUUUAGUUUUAGACUAAAUGUAAAUGUUCUUAUUCCCCAAUUAAGGGCUGUGAGCAGUAUAAUCUUAUCUAUAGCCUAUGAAGGCUUCUGUCUUGCUGCUUUUCCCUUUCUCCAUUCCCUUCUACAUUGUUUUUAUUAUUAUUAUUAAAGGAAUGUUCCGGGUUCAAUACAAGUGAAGCUCGACAGCAUUUGUGGCAUAAUGUUGAUUACCACAACAAUUUAUUUUGACUCGUUCCUCCUUUUCUUUUAAGAAAAAAGCAAAAAUCGAGGUUCUAGUGAGGCACUUACAAUGGAAGUGAAUGGGCCAAUUUAUGAACAUUAAAAUACUCACUUUUUCAAAUGUAUAGUCACAAGACAUAAAGGAUAUGUGUGUAAACAUGAUUUAAGUGUGAUAAAACCGCUUACUAACCUUUUCUGUGUAAAGUUAUAGCCAAUUUUACAACUCUGUUACCAUGACAAUGUAAUGUCGACAAACGAUUGUAAAAAUUACAAUUUAAACAACUUUACAGCUCAAAUAAAUCACAAGUUUUAACAAAAGAAUUAAUGCAAGUGCUUUUAUAAAAUUAUAAGCUUUACAUUUCUAUUUAAACCCUCCAAAAAUUGGCCCCAUUCACUUUCAUUGUCCCCGUUCACUUCCAUUGUAAGUGCCUCACAGUAACACAGAUUUUUGCUUUUUUUAAAGAAAAAGAGAAACGAGUCGAAAUUAAUUUUUGAGGUAAUCAACGUUAUGCUAAAAAUGCUGUCAAUUGAGCUUAACUUGUAUUGAACCCGGAACAUUCCUUUAAUACAUUUUUUUUUUCAUCGAAUUGGUUACCUCAGUCCUUUCGCAGCAUAACAUAUUGAUAUGGUUAGAGAAGUCACAAAUGUUUGUACAGCCUUUGAAACUGGUGUAUGUAAAUAUUCUGAUUUGUACUUUUUCAAUCAGUAUUGUAAGAGAAUGAAAGUCUAUGUUAUCUGUGCUUUAAAAAAACAGAAGAUAAUUGUUUUGUUUUUGCACAAAUUAAAAAUUAAGACUAUAAACCUUAAUACUAUAAAC